AUGGUGGUGCUUGAUUAUGUUAUCAGAAACACCGAUCGUGGCAAUGAUAACUGGUUGAUCAAGUACGAACAAGCUGACGUGGCGGAAACUCCAAUAGUGCCAAAUGAUCCGAAUCCCACGAAUGUAGCAGAAACACAGCCACCUGAUGAGGGCCAGUUGAUUGACUUAGCAGAAGCGAAUGCCCGAGCUUCCGGUCCGGAAGAAUUGAUUGAUGAGCAGCAGCAAAGAAGUAGUGGUGAACCAGCACCUGCAGAAGUGGAGUGGGCUGACGUGACAGUGCCAAAAGUAGCAAUUGCAGCAAUUGACAAUGGUUUGGCAUUCCCGUUCAAACACCCGGAUGAGUGGAGGGCAUGUGAGUAUGACUUUCUUCCCAGCUAA